UUUAAUCCAGCACGACACAACUCCCACGGCUGCCAGAGUAAGACACGACACAACUCCCACGACUGCCAGAGUAAGACACGACACAACUCCCACGACUGCCAGAGGAAGACACGACACAACUCCCACGACUGCCAGAGGAAGACACGACACAACUCCCACGGCUGUCAGAGGAAGACACGACACAACUCCCACGACUGCCAGAGGAAGACACGACACAACUCCCACGACUGUCAGAGGAAGACACGACACAACUCCCACGACUGUCAGAGUAAGACACGACACAACUCCCACGACUGUCAGAGGAAGACACGACACAACUCCCACGACUGCCAGAGGAAGACACGACACAACUCCCAGGGCUGCCAGAGGAAGACACGACACAACUCCCACGACUGCCAGAGGAAGACACGACACAACUCCCACGGCUGUCAGAGGAAGACACGACACAACUCCCACGACUGCCAGAGGAAGACACGACACAACUCCCACGACUGCCAGAGGAAGACACGACACAACUCCCACGACUGUCAGGGGAAGACACGACACAACUCCCACGACUGCCAGAGGAAGACACGACACAACUCCCAGGGCUGCCAGAGGAAGACACGACACAACUCCCACGACUGCCAGAGGAAGACACGACACAACUCCCACGGCUGUCAGAGGAAGACACGACACAACUCCCACGACUGCCAGAGGAAGACACGACACAACUCCCACGACUGCCAGAGGAAGACACGACACAACUCCCACGACUGUCAGAGGAAGACACGACACAACUCCCACGACUGCCAGAGGAAGACACGACACAACUCCCACGACUGCCAGAGGAAGACACGACACAACUCCCACGACUGUCAGAGGAAGACACGACACAACUCCCACGACUGCCAGAGGAAGACACGACACAACUCCCACGACUGCCAGAGGAAGACACGACACAACUCCCACGACUGCCAGAGGAAGACACGACACAACUCCCAGGGCUGCCAGAGUAAGACACGACACAACUCCCACGACUGCCAGAAGAAGACACGACACAACUCCCACGACUGCCAGAGGAAGACACGACACAACUCCCACGACUGCCAGAGGAAGACAUGA